GAGCAGGGUCUGCUACAGUGGGCAGGAUUCAGUGUCAACACAAACAAGGUCAUCGACUGGAUUAGCAACAUGGAGACAAGACUCAAUGACCUUCGCAAGGAUGAGGUUGACCUUGAGGAGAUCAUAUGGCACUGCGAUGAAGCAGAGAGCCUGCAGAGAGACGUCGUUGGCUACCAGCAGAUGGUAGACUCCCUGCAAGCCCAGGCCGCUGAGUUGCCCACGGAGCAGACAGCCGACUUCACCGCCGUCGUCGCGCGGUACGCACAGUUGUGCGCAGCCGCAGAGCAGCUGGUUCAUGCAGCGCAGCAACGGCACUCUGAGCACCAGCAGUACCUGCAGGGUUGCAAGCAGCUGACCACCUGGCUGGAUGAAGGCAAGGCCGCACUGACUGCAGCUGUUGACAUCUGCGACACGACAGAUCAGCUGCAGACGAGAUUCGACACGGUUCAGGAACUCACAGAGAAGAUCGUAGAUGGCAAUGCCAAGCUAGAUGUUGUUAAGUCUGAGAGUGAGACGCUGGCACCCAGGACGACGGAGAAGGGACGCGACAGUCUCGCCGCUGACAUCAACCGUUUCGAGCAGGGCUUGAGCGAUUAUCGCUUCCAGCUGGCUGUAGCCGAGUCAGACCUGCAGUCUGGCCUGACGACGUGGAAUGAGAUACAGCUGAGGUGCGAUGCUCUUACUGCAUGGCUGCUGCACACAACAGUUACCAUACAAACCAAUGGACUUGGCUAA